GCGCCUCCCCGGUGCCGCCGGGCCGGGCCGGGCGGGGCCGGGCGGCGGCGGGAGCAGAGCCAGGGAAGAUGACAUCUCCGUUCCUCUGAGCCAGCAGUGCCCAGGGAGAGCCAUGGAGUACGAGCUGCCCAACGCCACCGCCUUCUGGUUCUCCCCGGCCUCCCCCUUCGACAACUUCUCCCUGGAGGCACCCACCAACACCUCCCAGAACGCCACGGGCCAGCACUUUGACCUGACCAGCAACGCCAUCCUCACCUUCAUCUACUUCGUGGUGUGCAUCGUCGGGCUGUGCGGCAACACGCUGGUCAUCUACGUCAUCCUGCGCUACGCCAAGAUGAAAACCAUCACCAACAUCUACAUCCUCAACCUGGCCAUCGCCGACGAGCUCUUCAUGCUCGGCCUGCCCUUCCUGGCCAUGCAGGUGGCCCUGGUGCACUGGCCCUUUGGCAAAGCCCUCUGCAGGAUUGUCAUGACGGUGGAUGGCAUCAACCAGUUCACCAGUAUCUUCUGCCUGACGGUUAUGAGUGUUGACCGGUACCUGGCUGUGGUCCAUCCCAUCAAAUCUGCCAAGUGGAGGCGGCCCAGGACAGCCAAAAUGAUCAACGUGGCCGUCUGGGGCGUCUCCCUGCUGGUGAUCAUGCCCAUCAUGAUUUAUGCUGGGGUGCAGCACAACCACGGCAGGAGUAGCUGCACCAUCAUCUGGCCGGGAGAGUCGGGCGCCUGGUACACGGGAUUCAUCAUCUACGCCUUCAUCCUGGGCUUCCUGGUGCCUCUCACCAUCAUCUGCCUUUGCUACCUGUUCAUCAUCAUCAAAGUCAAAUCCUCGGGCAUCAGGGUGGGCUCCUCCAAGAGGAAAAAGUCCGAGAAGAAAGUCACCAGGAUGGUGUCCAUCGUGGUCGCCGUCUUCAUCUUCUGCUGGCUCCCCUUCUACAUCUUCAACGUCUCCUCUGUGUCCGUCAUGAUCGUGCCCACGCCCGUCCUCAAGGGCAUGUUCGACUUCGUGGUGGUGCUGAGCUACGCCAACAGCUGUGCCAACCCCAUCCUCUACGCCUUCCUGUCCGACAACUUCAAGAAGAGCUUUCAGAACGUCCUGUGCCUGGUGAAGGUCAGCGGCAUGGACGAGGCCGACCGCAGCGACAGCAAGCAGGACAAAUCCCGCCUCAACGAGACCACGGAGACGCAGAGGACCCUGCUCAACGGCGACCUGCAGACGAGCAUCUGAGGGGACGGCGGGUUUGUCCUGCCUGCGCCCCUCCCCGGCUGCAGCAGGGGGUGGCACCACGGGGUCAGGGCAGGAAUGCCACCUGAGGGGACCCAUGGCCUCGGGGCUCCUCUGCUGGGCUCCUCUCUGCUGGGUUUGCUUUCGAGUGCUGGGAAGGAUACGGAUCAGGAGGAGCCGCCUCGCCAGCAAGACAAAGACAACUCACGGCGACACCAAAGUGCCACCGUGGGCACAGGUACGGCCGGGGUCCCCCGUGCCACCCUCGGGGCCGGCUGGCUUUAGGGCUCUGCACCUGGACACAUCGGGCGACCUCAGGAGGAGCCGAGGCCACAGGUGUGUGACAACACGAGGACGCACCGACCUGGUGGGAUCUCCCGGCGAGUGUCCCUCCCGAGGCGACCGGGAUGUUUAGGAUUGCGUUUUCCCCGGGUUAAUCCUUGCUCCGCCGCGUGCCCUGCCGCCUCCCCGCGCUGUGUGCCUGCCGCAGCCGCCCUGCCCGGAGGGGACACGCCAGCACGGAGGUGACAUCCCCAGGGGAAGCAGCUGUGCCCCCGCAGCAGCCCCUGCCUCCUGCAGCCCUGCGGUGUCCCGCUGCUGCAGAGCCCUUUCCCUGGCCCUGCCGCAGAUUUUUCUCCUCGGAUGGAGAAUUUCUUUUCCCUUUGCCCUCCCCUGCCCCUCCCUCCGCCCGCACCGGCCGGUCCCACGCUGCGCCGGCAGCCGCGGCCGCUGCUCCGGGCACCACGAGCGCUCCGCUCCCUGCUGGGAAAUCCUUGGAAGUGUUUCAGCGGCGGUGACACGCUGGAGAAGCCUGGCACGGACACCUCACGCUGCCAGCGGCUCCUGUGCCCGGCUCAGAUCGGGGCUUGUCCGGCCACGGCUCCGAGGAUCUCUGGGCUGACACCUCCCUGCUCCUUCCAGGCAAGUCACGCCGGAGGCAGGGGUGAUGGAGAGCAUGGGGACGGGCAGGGGGGGCUGGGGGCUCGCUCCCCACCCUUGUCCGAGCCCAAGGCACCGGGCAGAGCAGACAGCGGGGCACCCAGCCGGGGAUGGGGAAGGGCAGGGCAGCGCGGAUCCAUCCCCCUGGAUCCUGCACUGUGCGAGGGGCAGCGGGGCUGGCCCCACAUCCGCUCUAUUUGCCUUCCCAAGACUGUCCCGAAGCGUUCGGUCCUGUCCCUGUCCCUGUCCCUGUCCCUGGCUGCCCUCCCAGCUCAGCAUAAACCCGGGGCUCUGACCCCCCCGCCCCGAAGCCCCUCCUUGGCCAGCGCAGCGGGAGCUCCAGGGAAAGCCCAGGGGAGAGGGAGAAGUGCCGGUUUCCUGCCGGAGCACCCGGAGCAGCGGCCGUGCCAGAGGCCGGAUUUGUUCACAGGCCCCUGCUGCAGAGCUGAGCCGUGGGAACAGGGGGUUUGGGUGGAGAGAACAGCCGGGGCUCGGUCACCCUGCCCUGUGCCACCAUCUCCAGCAGAACGGAGCCUUCACCCGCGGUACAGGCAGUGUGGGAGGUGAGGCUGCACCAGGUGCCACCUGCCUUGGGGUGCCACCUGCUCAGCCAGGUGAUGCUCCAUCCCACAGCACCAGCUCUGGCUGAAGUUUGCCCGUGGCUCUGCCCCAGAUCCCAGCCUGGGCCAUCCCAUCCUGCUGUGCCACCCCUGCCAGCUCCCAAAAAGGGCUCGGUGCCAGGGUACCUGCUCCUGGCUCUGCUGCAUGCUGCAUUUACUGCAAGACAAAGCAGAGCCGUGUCAGCAGUUGUUUGCUUUUAACUCUUUCCUGCUCCUCCGAGGUACAGCGCCAGCGUUCAGGUGCCCGUGUGGCACCUCCCUGUCCCCUCGCUGGGCAGGGAGCGCGGCCCGGGGUGGGGAGUGCGCUGACCCCGGGCUCGGGGCACGGCGGAUCCCUGCUGACGCUGCAGGAAUUGCAGCAGCAGCAGCUCGGGGCACGGUGAAGGCCCGGGGAGGGCCGGGAGCGGGGCUGGGCUCGGUGUCACAGCCGCAGUGAUGCGUCAGUGCCGCCGUGGGCACUCCGUGGGGGCGGUGUGAGCGCCGAGAGCGGGCGUGUGAUGGGGAGGGGGAUGUGUGGAGCCCCCAGCACUCACCUGCAGCCAGGCCAAACCCGGGUUUGCCGAUGUCCGACUCCAUCCCAGCUGUGUCUGUGCAAGCCUUGUCACCAAAAUCCCGAUGGAUGGAUGGGACACCUGUUCCCAACUGUAUCCCCACAGGAGCACCUCCCUCUGCGCUGGUUUGAUGUGGAAAUACAGAAAUCCUGGGAAUUCCCUCCCCAGAGCAGCUUUGUCCUGGCAAACCCGCAGGCAGUGACACUUCUGGGUGCUCAGAGUGGGAUCUGAAAUGUGUCCCUGCUUUUCUGGGAUGGGGAUAAGGGGGCUGCAGGUGAGGAAUGAGGGGUGUGGGGCGUUGCCACCAACAUCCCAAAGGCCACCGAGGCAGGAUGCAGCAGGGCAGGGGCACCAGGUGGCUCCUGGCGGCUGCCAGGGCUCUCCUUGGCCACUUUUCCACAGCUCACUGAGAAAAAAGUGCAGGAAAGCAAAAUGUGCUGCCUUAGAGUGCUGGGAAGGAGCUGCAGCCACGGCCCACCAGUGGCUGUAAAACCAGCAAAAUAAAACCUUCUGCUGUUCAUUGCUGACUAAUAAACAUCAGCCCCGCUGCUGCUGCUGCUGGUAACGAAGUUUUCCUUCCCAGCCACUUGAUUUUAGUGGGAACUUGACCUCAGAUUGGAUCUGCUCUGCACAGCCUGGCAGGGCUGCUGGUGGCGGGAUGAGAAAUCUCUGCUGGUGACUGCAGAGCCAAGAGACUGAGCCUGCAAGUGCUUCACACACAGCCUGGCCCUGGGCAGCAGGGAUCAGUGACAGCUCCUGCCUGGAGAGGCAGGGAGGGCGUUUUCCCAAAUCCCAGGUGUUGGGAAGCACAGAUUGGGGUGUGCCACAAGCUCCCCAGGAUGCCCAGAGCAGGGGUAUGGGUCACUCCUGAAUCCUGCCAGUCCCAGGAGGCCUCCCCAAAGCCCAUGGGAACCAAUUCCCCUUUUCCUGCUCACCGCUGCUUCCCCAGAGAGGCUGAGGGGUGUCUCCAGAGCUCCCCAGUCCCACGGGAUCCACCUGCAUGGAGACAUCCCUGCUGUCCCCUUCCUCAUCCCCGUGUCCCCUCGGACCCAGCCUGGCUCUGGGCACUCUGCUGGCCAGUGCCCCGCUGUGCUCCAGAGCCAAAUCCUGCUCAGGUGGGCAGGAGGGGCUGGGGCUGGACCUGGAGCCUUCCCAGAGCACCUCUGCAGCUCCUCGUGCCGGCUCCAGCGCUGCCUGGGACUGAAAUAAUCUCUGAACUGCACUGCCGUGUGUCUGGGGGGUUCCCCACGCUGCCACGGUGGGAAGAGCCUUGUCUUUGUGGGACACUGCACUGAGGGCUCCCAGAACUGCCCAGCUCCCCAUCCAGCCCCUCCCCAGGCGAGGAGAGCUCCCAGGCUCCGAUCCAGCCUCAGAUUCCAGGCUGCUCAGGGAGAGUCUCCAUCCCCUCCCUGCCGCUGCUCCAAGGGGAAAUCACCAGCGAGGCACCAGCAAAGGACACAGCAGACCCCAAAGCUGCCUUCCUGCUGCAGAGCCUGGAACACACUGCUGCUGCCCAGCCCAGGGCACCCCUGCCCUUCCCUGCCAGCCUCUGGCACCCAGCUGGCACCUGGCCAUCCUGAGGGAUUCCAGCUCCACUCCCUGCUUCCUCCAGGACCUGGACUGUGAAAAGCCAGGACAGGAGAGUCAGACUGGGAGGAUCCUCCUCUUACACAAACAUUUCAUAUUUCUAAAACUCAAAACUUAAAAUUCCAACACUCCUCCAGCUGUGUCCCGACCAGGAGAGAUGCUGAGGGGUGCAAAGCCUGGCCACUCCCUCUAUCCAUCCCUCCAUCGAUGGAUCCCUCCAUGGAUUCCAUCUCUCCAUGGAUUCCAUCUCUCCAUCCCACCCCACGCCGUGUUUGGGAGGAGGGAUGGGAUGGUUACUGAUUGUAAAUACAUGUAAAUUGUAUAUACUGGAUGUGCCCAGGGGGUUUUCUGUUCACAGCCCCACAGGGCACCCUUGGCUCCCCCUCGCCCUCCCCGUGUGCCAGGGGGUUGGUGGCACCAUGCACGAGCCAGGAGGGACCACGGAGGCUGCUGCCACUCUGCCAGGUGACUUCUGCAGGGCAAGGGAGGUGAAGGGAGGUCUCUGUUCCCUGCAGAGAUCCAGGGCAGCACUGUCCAUCCCCCGUGUCCGUAGCUGGGCCUGUCCGUGGCUCCGUGGUCACCAGGACGUGCUGAGGCCGUGUCCCUGCUCCCAGCCCUGUUUUUCUCCCUGGCAAUCAUUCCUCAGAGUCCCGGCGUGGGACUGAGCCUCCUGCAGCAAAAGUUCCUGACUGCCACGGUCUGUGUCACAGGAGGGAAAUAAAAGAGUUUUCCUACAGUUUCUGGUUGUUUGUGUGUGUUGGAGCAGCGGGAUAUGAGCUAGGCUUGGACACCUCCCUGCCAGUGAUUGUUCAGGUUGGAAAACCCCUCAAAGACCUCCAAGUCC